AUGCACUGCCGGCCAUCCAGUCCUACUAAUGAUUCUACCUGUUCUUCAUUCUUUUUCACUCAUCCAGAUUAUACUAACACAAUAACUCAUCGCACUUGUUCCCCUUUAUCUUAUCAUGAUCAAAUACCAUCACCACCGCCAGUAACACCAAGACGUCAUCGACGAUUAGAAGAUCUAAUUAUUACUUAUGCUUCAAAUUAUUAUGCUGCAUAUCCUUGUCAGACGUCUCAUUUGUCAUCACAAGCUCCUCCUCUGCUAGCACCUCGUCGAAUUUAUCAGCAAUCAGAAGAUAAUGGUAUUUACUGUGAUCUAUUUAAUUUACUUGAACGCCCUUCACCAUCACCUUCACCAGUAAAACAAAGAAGGAAAUAUGCAUUAAAUGAUCAUCAGCCACGGCGUCGUCAUCCAUCGCUUGCUUAUAAAAAUGCUCAUGCAAAAAUGAAAGAUAUCAAUGAACGAAAACGUCAUCAUUAUCAAGAACAACCAUCUUCCUAUAAUAAAGAAAAAAAGUGUCAAGAAGAUGAAUUAUCAUCAAUACAACAAUAUGAUCGUUUGAAAGAAAAUGCAAAAAACAACAAUUGCAUUUAUAAACGACAUUUACCAAGUAAAGGAUUUUUUCGACGAGUAGCGCGCAACUACUUUUGUAUGCCAAUGACAGUUGCCAAUGCGGAGUUUUCGAAUUGA